GGCAAUUUCAUCUUUGGUUCCACAUGACGACACCCAAAGUACUCGUCGUGGGGUCCAUCAACGCGGACAUCUUCUUGGAUGUCCCUCGCAUUCCCCUCCUCGGCGAGACGCUGGCAGCGACGGGAUCGCGAUGCCUCGUCGGCGGGAAGGGAGCGAACCAAGCUGUGGCGGCACGGCGCUCCAACGUAGACACGAGUUUCAUGUGCCAGUUUGGCUACGAUCAUGCCAAGCUAAUGCAAGAAUACCUGGCUGGGGCCGACGUCACCAUUGACGCGUCCAGUACAGUUCAUACCCAAACGGUGUCCGGGCAAGCGAUCAUCUUCUUGGUCCCCUCCGGUGACAACUCGAUUGUGAUCUUACCUGGAGCGAAUGCAGUGUGGCCGGCGGCACUGUCGCCACAGAUGCAGCAAAGCGUCAGUGACGCCUCGGUCGUGCUACUGCAGUGUGAAAUCCCAGCGUCCGUGAACCGCUUGAUCGCAGAACACGCCAAAGCGGUCGGCACGACUGUGUUGUGGGACUUGGGCGGCGAAGAGCGCGACGUGGACGACGAGUUCCUCCGACUGGUGGACUAUGUGUGCCCCAACGAAACGGAGCUUCGACGCUGCGUCCACUCACCGCACGCCCUCGACACCCUCGACGCUGUGCUGGACGCCGCCCGAACGCUGCAGCGCCGCGGCGACAUGGCCGUGCUCGUCACUCGCGGAAGCGACGGCUCCGUCUUGAUCGCCAAGGACGGCAGCGUGCAUGUCCAGCCGUCGUUCGACGUCCCCGUGCGCGACACGACAGGCGCCGGCGACUGCUUUCGAGGAGCGUUCGCUGCCCAGCUCGCCCAGAACGCCACUGUCGCGCAGAGUUUGCGGUACGCGGCAGCCAGCAGCGCGCUUUGCGUGCAACGAGAUGGAGCGACCAUGCCAACGCACGCCGAAACACUUGCAUUUUUGAAACUCUCAAGUAUUUAAACGCUAAACUACUUGUACAGUUUGCGAAACUCGUCGUUGGAUUUCAUGUGUGUACUUGGGUCGACUUCAUGACGUGGCGCCGCCACCACCACCGGACGAGUGCCACCACUUUGCCCAUCAUCUCGGAAUGGUUGGUUCACUUUCGGGGCUUUGAGGCUUCGUGGCACCAUUGAAAACGCCAGUCUAGUACACCAUAGUAUGAUGAGCCCUGC